AUGACCGGGGUGCGUAAUCGACGCCGAGUUGAUGGCAUACCUCAAGGUGAAUAUAGAGGAUGGACACAUAUCGUCAAUAUUGUCAAGCUUGCGAGUGGACAGAAAUAUCAUGUCGAUGUUGCUUUCGGCGGCGAUGGACCAACUUGGCCGAUACCCUUGAUUCUGGGACAAACAUUUCGAAACUUAGGUUCACAGGAGAUAAGACUAUCUUACGAUAACAUACCGAAUCAGACGUGCCCAGCCCAAAAAUUCUGGGUUUACCAAUAUCGAAAUGGCCCAGAAAAGGAAUGGAACUCAUUCUAUGCCUUCGCGGAAUUCGAGUUUUUCCACAAUGAUUUCGAAGUUAUAAAUCACUAUACAAGUUGGGAAGCGCUGACCAAGAAGAACCUUUGGAUUGUGAAGUUUAUUCGAAACGGCGAAACUUACGGACUUCCGCUAAAUCAGGGUGACUGUAUUGAUAGAUUUUCUAAUGAUGUCGAGGUCUCUGUUGUGGGCAAACUCAUUUUUAUCGGUGGAAGUCCCGAUGUUGUCAAGCUCAAUAUGGGGGGCAAGUCGAGAAUAAUAGAUUCAUUUAAAACCGAGGAGGAACGGGUACAAGGUCUACAGAAAUGGUUUGGAAUCCAUAUUUAA